AAAUCUGCGGAAACCGCGUGAUGCGAUCAGGUCAAUGUAGACCAAAAUCUCUGAGGAAUAUUUCCAGUAGCUUGUUAAAUCUAUGCCAUGAAGGAUUAAGGCAGUUCCAACCCAAUACUAGUAAGGUGUACCUAACAAAGUGGCCGGUGAGUGUAUAAAAGAAAUAGAUUUACACAAUCUCCAAAUUGUAUUAUCAAGUUGUUCACAGAUGUGCUCUGCCGUUUAACCAUUCUUUUGUAAAAAGGACUUUGUUUUUACAUUGUUUAGAUAUACGCUUGUUCCAGAGCUGUUCAAUAAUCUAGAGCAGGGGGGUGCGGGAUAGAGGGGUGUCACAGGGGACAUGGAAACUACUAUAAGGGUGUUACAGCUUGUCUCUCAGUGGCUUUUCCGUCUGAAAGAACAGCCUGGACUCUCUCAUAUCUCUCCCUCACAUAAUAGCCAGCAGGCAGGAGGGUGUUUUUGUUCUGAAGGAGAAAGGCUUCAGGAUGUUGCUGCUCAAAAGCAGUAGAAGUGGCUUCCUGCUGGGGGAAAUGAUCAAAAAGCCAGACAAGCCCCUGGUUGGACACGGCAGAACUCUCCUCUCUAAUGCACACACAGGUUUGUGUGCAUGUAGGAGAGCUGAACAUGCAAAAGACGCUCUCCAGACAAAGCUGAGGUGUCUUAACCAUUGUCAGAGGUGACUGGAGAAAAUGAAGAAAACUAUUUGGUUAAACGUUUGAAGAUCUUGAAGAUUCAAAUGUCAUGGAGGAGUCACAACCAUAGAAACCAUGCUGCUGAAUUUGACCAAUGGGAGCUGCCAAAUCCCUCUGGCAAAUGACCGAGCAGGACUGACCUACAUCUACAGCCUGGCCUUCUCCAUAGGCCUCCCAGCCAACCUGCUGUCCCUCUGGGGUCUGUACCAGCUGGGUCGGUCAGGCGGAGGAGGCUGCCAGCUGGUUUAUAUCCUCAACCUACUGCUUUCAGACCUGCUCCAGCUCCUCACCUUGCCUCUGUGGAUCCUCUACCUGCAGGGCGACCACCACUGGCCUUACGGGUCUGUCACAUGCCAGCUUGUGGGCUACGUUUUUUAUGUUAACCUCUACGCCAGCGUUAUUUUUCUUUGUCUCAUCGCUCUGGACCGCUGCCUAGCAAUCGUCUAUCCUUUAAGUAGCCGCGGUGUACGGAAAGUACGUGUGGCUGCAUUUUCCGGAGUGGUCGUGUGGACUUUAAUAUUUCUCUUCUGUCUGACCGGCCUGUACCCGUCUGUGUUCGAGCCGGAGAGAGAGCUGUGUUUGGAGCAGUAUCCUGUGAGCGCCAGAUACGCUUACUUUAAAAUCGCAACAGUCGCUUUAGGAUUUCUGAUGCCCUGCUCUAUACUAGGGUACACCUCUGCCCGAAUUGGGCGGACUCUCCGAAACUCCCCGUCUGUGGCAGAUCACGAACGUCGCAGGAUUGUCGCCACCUUGGUUGUCAUCACCGUCAUCUUCAUUGUCAUUUUCGGCCCCUAUCAUCUAGUGGUUGGCUAUAGAUUUGUCACCCUGCUGUUAACGGAAAGUGAUAAAGAGCAGUGUUCGGUGGAAGUUUCCCUCUACCUGUACUAUCGGAUCUGCUACGGGCUCACCAGCCUCAACACCCUCCUAGACCCUCUUUUCUACAUCUUCCUUUGCAAUGACGCACGACAAGAGCUUCGCAGGUCUCUUCUUUGCCCCUGCCGAGGUCACAGGGUCCACAGGAGUUCUCGAGUACAAACUUUUCCCAGAGGCCGUCACAGCCUCAGCGCAGAUGUUUAGCUGCCUUGUGCUGAUGAUAAUCGCUGCUGGAGUUUUUCUAAGACAUGUGUGGAAAGCCAGCUUUUUUUUUUCACUCAUGACGUAAAAAUGUCUUAUCAGACUGAGAUUUGACAAAUUACCUGUCACCGCUGGGACACGUCAGUGAUGUCAUAAAGACUCGGCUGGUAUGAGGCACGUCCUCUAUAGCAGAGCUGUCACUAAAGCACACGUGUCAGAUCUCCACCUCCUGCACCUGCACUCAUAGGUUUCAACAGCCUGAGGAGAGUCCACAGGGUUUCUGCACAUCUUCAACAGGCUGUAAAUCAAAGUGCGUAAAUCAAAAUCUAUACCGGUGUCAACAGGUGCAUGCACUGCCAAAAAAAAGAGAAUUAAUUACAGUUUAGACUUGGACAAAAUGUACACUACCGGUCAAAGGUUUGGGGUCAGUAGGAUUUUUAAAUGUUUUAAAAUAAGCUUCUCCUGCUUGCCAAGGCUGCAUUUGUUUAAUCCAAAAUACAGUACAAAUUGUACAAUUUUAAAAUGUUAUUGCACUAUAAAAUAACUGUUCAAAAGUAGUUUAUCAUUUAAUUUAAUCAUUUAUUCCAGUGAUUUUAAAGAUGAAUUUUCAGCUUCAUUACUCCAGUCUUCAGUCACAUGAUCUUUCAGAAAUCACUCUAAUAUUAAUUAUUUUUGUUAUCAUUAAUAAUAAUAUUAAUAUUAUUAAUGGUAAUAGUAACAAAAGUAAUAAUGAUUGGAGAAAUAAUUUCAUUUGAAACUACAAACAAUAAGAAAGCAGAAUUUUAAUAAAUAUUUAAUAAUUUAGGAUUUUUUUGAUGAACAGAAUAAUUUGGGUCAGUGACAUCAUUUACUUCCGCAUUCUUUAAGUUUUAAGUGUCCAUACUGGCUCAAAACCCCCUUAAGUGGUUUCAUUCUCUCAUCAGUUGGAAUAGAAUAACUUUUGCAGAGAUUAUGAUUGACAUGUGCAGAAACUGACAAAAUUAAUUACAGCAACCUAUACCACACAGAUCCUAAAAGGUUAACAAAAAAAGCGCCUCUUUUUUGGAGGAGUUUAUUAUAACACAAACAACAUAUAUAAUUAUCACUUUCAACAGUGUUUUAUGAAAAUUCAAAGUGUUUCUUUAAACUUUUGCAUUUACACCUCUGCAUGGGGAUUUAGGAAGCUUUUGAAUUUGGGUAUGCAAAAUCCAGGUGGAAACCCCAAAAUAGCACUUGACUUUAAGAGGUUAAAAAAACAGUAGUGUACAUGUCAUUGCAUUUUGUAUUGCGCAUUGCACAUUGUAUUUGUAUUGAGAAGAUUUCAUAAUUUUUUUUCUUUUUCCAAUCUAAAGAACAUUUUUUUUUUCUGUAAAAACCUUGGAAUUUUACUGGAAUGAAACGCUUUCAAAGAUGUUAAAGUGCACAUAGGUUACCCCUUUUUUCAUAUUUAAUAUAAGUCUAUUGUUUCCCCAGAAUGUGUCUGUAAAGUUUCAGCUCAAAACAUCCAUCAGAUUAUUUAUUAUAGCUGUUUGAAGUGCCUAUAUUACAGCUGGUAAAAAGGUUUUGCUGUUUUUUUGUACUGGGCCUUUAAGGCUAGUCCUCCCCGCCCACCGUUCCCACGUGCCUGUCAGCAAUCGCCGCCCUCGGCUGCCUCAGGAAGCAGAUCUCACGUAACGUGUGUGAGAAAUACUACAGUAAGAACUUUAACAAUCAGUAUUUGAUGCAUUUUUUGUGGAUUUGCAACAAUGAGUCACACACAAUGUCAUUACAAAGUUCACGCACACACACAGCGAGGACACAAACACAUAGCACAGACACACACACACACACACAUGGCGUAGACACACACACACACAAACAUGGCGUAGACACACACACACACACACAUAGCGCAGACAUACACACACACAUAGCGCAGACACGCACACACACACAGAGAGAGAGAGAGAGAGAGAGACAGCGCGUUAAGCUUUGCACUCGUUUUGCACGCAUAUGUGACAGGAUACAGGUUAAUCUCCACUGCAGUAUGGAUAUAUGUUAUGUUAAUGUACAAAAUAAACCUGAUUUAACCUGA